AUGAAGAUGGAAGGGAACAGGGACGAAGCUGAAAAAUGUAUAAAUAUAGCAACGAAAGCCCUCAAUGCUGGAGAUAAAGAGAAAGCGUCCAAGUAUCUAAUCAAAGCAGAGAAGCUGUACCCAAGCGACAGAGCCAAAGCUUUGUUGGACGCAUUAACAAAGAAUGGGAGCUCAGCGGGUAACGGCGCAUACCGUAGGAGACAAGCAGAAAACACCGGUGCACAGCCAGGUGGGCAAGGCCAAGAGUCUGGAGGAGGCGACUCUACGAAAGGCUUCAACAAAGAUCAGGUUGAAGGUGUGCAAAGACUUAAGCGGUGUAAGGACUACUAUGAAGUGCUGGGUCUCACUAAAGAAGUCAACGAGGAUGAGCUAAAGAAAGCCUACAGGAAACUCGCGCUCAAAUUCCAUCCGGACAAAAAUCGCGCACCUGGAGCAACAGAUGCCUUUAAAAAGAUUGGUAAUGCAUAUGCAGUGCUGAGCAACCCAGACAAAAGACGGCAGUAUGACCUGACCGGAGGAGAGGAGCCGAGCAGCCCGGGUCACUCGCAAGGAGGAGGGGGCGGAGGAGGCUUUGACUUCCACAGGGGCUUCGAGGCCGACAUCACUCCUGAAGACCUCUUCAACAUGUUCUUUGGAGGUGGCUUCCCUUCCUCAAGUGCAAACACCUUCACCAACAGCAGAACAAGCCAUAGCAAUCAGACGGACAACCGACAAGAGAGAACAGACGAAAGGGGAGAUGGUGGUUUCUCAAUGUUUAUCCAGCUGAUGCCCAUCGUGGUCCUGAUUUUAGUGUCAAUACUGAGCCAGAUGAUGGUUUCCCCUCCACCCUACAGCCUCUACUCGAGACCGUCCACGGGUCAGACCAUAAAACGGCAGACAGAAAACCUGCGUGUCGACUACUAUGUCGCGAGAGAUUUCAAGUCGGAGUUUAAGGGCUCUGCUCUGCAUCAGAUUGAGAAAAGUGUGGAGGACGAUUAUGUGUCUAAUGUCAGAAAUAACUGUUGGAAGGAGAGACAGACAAAAACGGACCUGCUGUAUGCUGCUAAGGUCUACCGGGACGACCGGAUGCGCAAGAAGGCCGAACUUAUGACCAUGGACAACUGCAGGGAGCUGGACAGACUAAAUAAGCUUUUCAGAGGAGGAUGAGUUGGAUGCUUUUAGAUUGUGUAAAUGUAAAUUAAUAGAUGUGUAUGUUCAUGUUUUUUUAAGAAAGAGUCUUUACACUAGAAGCAAAAACUUACUGAAAUUAUUUAGCUCUAAUGUUGAAGUUUAAAAUGUCCCUCUCCUCAUAACCUCCCCCUCGCCACCUCCCUCUCUCCGGCCUGACCCCAGGAACCGCCUUGUUAGAAAUCUACACUCGCUGUAGAAAGCCCCCGACCAGUUUUUUUCUUUUUCACUGUUUUUCUCGUAUUUUUCUGGAAACACGAUGGACAAGGACACUUGAUUGUAAAGGCAUGUGCUUUGAGUCGUGAGAACCCAAACAAAUCACUGUUUAAGAUCAACAAACAGCUUUUGGCAUCAUCUGCUUGACAUAAAUAUAAUCUGAGACUUUUUAGGUUUGUUUGGAGGUGCUGUCCUCCAGUCAAAUUCAUUUUGUGAAGAACACAUGAAGAGAAGAAAAGAACGCAGUGCUACUUCUAUCUUCCCACUCACCCCCGAGUGUGGACGUCGGUCAAUGGGUCAUGAAGAGAUACCUGUGAUUUUGAUACUAGAGAAUAUUUGAUGUCGUCAUCUUCAAAAUGUGAAGUUGGUUUGGACUGAACUCGGACGGACGGACAUCGAAACAGUUAUUCAUAAAUGGUUGUACAGUUUCAUUUUUGAAUGUUUGAAAUGUAUGCAGUAAUUUAAGAAACUAUAGAAGAAACUGAUUUUCUUCAAUACUCGCCUAAUCAUUUAAAUAAAGUAAAAUUAUUACCAUUGA